UCUGCCAUCAAACACUCGUUUGAUUCUUCUCCGUUUCAAAUGUACUUAUCUAUGAGUUAGCCCUACUUCCCAGCUGAACCUCCCCAUUUGCAGCAGAUGUGUUGUAACAAUGCAGGACCAGCAGGUGUUUCUGUUCUACCCAGUCAAGUCCCCAGCAUGGGCCAAGACGGUGAUCAAUGCCAAGUCGAAGUACCAAGAAAUGUAGUACAUGGGAGUGCCUUGGACACGAUGACUCCUGCCCAGGCGUACGCGUACGCCGUGAAAACAGGACAAGACUAUAAUCGCACGCUGCACUAUACUAUCGAACGUAAACAGCCCUUGAGGAGCGUACAAGAUCAGCCACCACCUUUACCACUAAGCAGCAUUAAUGCUGGUACCGAGCGCGGAGGGUUAUAUGCUCAGCGUUUGUACGCAAGCGCGACGAGCAACAAGUCCUCGUCAAGUUUGCCUGGCAGCAGCAGCAGCCCGAGCAGACCUACCCAGCCGAUUGACAAGCCUCUUCCCGUUGCACCACCCGGCCCAGACAGUAGCAGGCCUCUAAGCCGUUCACAGCACCAUCGCAGUUCAUCGCUUUCGCCAUCAAGUCUUGAUACCAGGGUGCCAAAUACUGUGACUCAGAGAUUCAACGUUGCGGACCUUUACCAUAGCAGUUUGCCUCGAGGGGAUUUUCGAUCAUUAAGGACUUUAUUGUCUGGCCCCGGGGCGCACACUACUGCCGGGGGGAGGACUGAACCCGCUCCUCUCUCCGCACCUCCGUUGCACUCGCCGACACCGCUCGUUGGUUACCCUCGCCUCCAGACUUCCGUUUCGCAGACACAGCUACCACGACGUAGUGGUGACCUGUCAAGCCCACCGCUUUCUCCGGAGAGUUUCCGGUCUAGCCGCGCAAGAUGCGACCUGUCAGCUUAUGACGUUCAGCUUAACAGUAACCUCGAUCGACCAUUGUUGCGCGAAACGCCAGGUUUGCGGGUUUCAUCGUCCGUUUCCGUACCCACGGUUUAUAUAAUGACACCUCCGUCUUCUACAUCACCUCUAUCUACAUUUAGGACUGAUAGGCCCGUUGGUAGGGGCGAGGACGCGUCCCCGUCCUUCUCACGAUCUUUUCAGAGAAGAUCGGUUCCUGUGCUUAGAACAACAUCUUCUGCGAUGUCUCCUUCGCCAUUGAUAUCCGAACGACCAUCUAGUAUAUCACCCGAUUUGCAAGGUGAUCUGCCGUGUUAUACAGCUCCAGACCCUGCUAUUUCAUCCCUUCUACCACCCUUUGGCGAUGAGAAGUCGGCACCAUCGAAGUUGCCAUGCCGAUCUACUUCCCCUUCACCUGCGAGGUCGUUUACAGAUCGCCGUAUACUACCUACCGUUCCACCACCUUCCCAAUCUCCUCGUAUGACUACUCCGAUUAUAUCGGCUACACCUCCACCUACCGUUCGGUCCCCACCGCCACCGUCGAGGAGCCCCCUUCGCUCAAUAGAGAAUUCAUCGGUUACUGGGAAGUCGCCUCCCUCGCACAGUGAGACAAAGCCUAUGGGGCGUCCCGCUGAACAACUCUCUGUUGAAAGGUAACUCGUCCUCGAGCCUCCUUUUGCCACUUGUAUCGUUCCACUGAUGCUUAUGCGUUGUACAAAGCCCGUCAAGCGUCGUUGAUCUUCCGAAUCCCUAUGACCAAGAAGGGGAUGAUGAUUCUCACACGGGCCCGUUGAU